GCGUCAGGUCCAUGAGCCCAAGCUGGCGCCAGUUUCAGACCUGACCCCGGACGCCGUGUCGCCCGUCGCGGGCCACGGUGCAUCACGCGACAUGGAUGGCGCCUGCGCCGCACCGCCCUGCGAGGUGGGCGCGGCCUCGCCGUCCCGUUCGGCCCGCAGAGGAAGGAGAGCGGCGGUGGUGGCGAUCCGCCACACGCAGCGUGCAGCGUGCAGCGUGGCGCUGUCCGCCUCGCUUGGGCUGCAACUGCCCAUGGAGUGGGUGGAGGCCGACGCGGGCCAGGGAUGUGCGCCUGGAGUGUGGCACAUCCCUGCUACCGACACGCUGCAUUGUGACGCGGUUGCCUGCGCAGCCGCAGCAUUCGCAGAUGGCGUCGCGGCGGGCUGUCACAUCGUCCCUCUUCUCCGUGGCGAGGAUGCGGAGCCCGAGGAUCAUGGCAGGAUGCUCGACACCUUCGGCGCUGUGGUGAGCAUCGACGGCACCGUGUUGGCCGACGAUGCGAGGGUGAGUUUCAAAGACUUCCCGCUGGUCGACGCGGACCAGCAGAGCAGGAUGCUCGACGCCUUCGGCACGGCGCGCAGCGCCGAUGGCAACCUGGAGGCCGACGGGGCCCAGCUGAGCAUCGACGACAGCCCGCUGGUCGACGGGGGCCAACAGAGCUUCAAGGGCUACCAGGGCGGCCGGAUGUUCGACGUUGCCGGCGCGGAGUUGAGCGCCGGCGGCGACCUGGAGGCAGACGGGGCGCAGGUGAGCAUCGACGACAGCCCACUGGUCGACGGGGGCCAGCAGUGCUUCAAGGGCAACCAGGGUAGUACCCACUGCGCCCACCUGACGGAGGUGAGCGAGGGCGACGUGCCGCAGGUGGUCUUGGGCGGCAGGGCGACCAACGUCGACGCGUACGAGGCGACCGCAGCGGACGAGUGGAUCUUCGAGAUCGCCCUGGCAACGGACUGGGCCAAGCAGGACUGCAUUGGUCCGUGCGCCCAGCCGUUGCACCGCGCGCUGGCCAUGACACGGGCCAGUAUGCGCGAGCACUCCUUGAUCCACGGCUGGGUCGACAACAGGACCAACCGCAUGGGCGCGGGGCUGCAGACUCGGGGGCGCUCGGCGCCCGCGUGGAGCUCGGCGCCCGUGUGGGGCGAAGGGUUUUGCGUGAACGACAUGUGCCCGUUUGUACACGGGCAUUUCGCCGACGACCCGCUGGUCGUUGAUGACGUCCUUCAGAAGGAGGUGCAGCUCGAGCGGACCAGAGCGACCUGGCGCUCGAUCGCGAGGCGGCGCGCAGGGCCGCAGACGAGGGAGUGCGCCGAGCAGGCCGAGGAGGAGGCCGCGGAGUUCAUCGUGCAAGGCCGCUGA